CAUGUCAUAGUAUAUAGUAAACACGUGUACAAUAUUAUGUGAUCAAUUUUCGUAUAUUUCGUCACGCCGAAAUCACAAAUUAUAUAUAUAUAUUUAUAAGACACAGUAGCGAAACAUGGAGUUGCCGAAAAAACUUGGAAUCGGUGGGGGAGUUUUGUGCUUUUUGGGAAUUAUCAUCGGAUGGCUAGCUUUCCCAAAAUUAUUGAAAUCUCAGAUCAAUGGGGCGAUAGCGUUGAAAAGUGGUGUGGAGAUGCGCGACAUGUGGUCGAAACUUCCGUUCCCUUUGGAGUUCAAGAUUUAUCUCUUCAACGUGACGAAUCCGGCGGAUAUAGCGAACGGGGAGAAACCUAUAGUCGAGGAAAUCGGUCCAUAUUUUUACGACGAGUGGAAGGAGAAGGUCAAUCUGGUCGACAGGGAUGAGGACGACACCGUCGAAUACAAUCAGAGGAUAACUUGGCACUUCAAUGCCUCGAGGAGUAACGGACUCACCGGUGACGAAGAAUUGGUCUUUCCUCAUCUCGCCAUUCUCGGAAUGAUGAUGAUUACCGUCAGCGAAAAACCAACUAUGGUCGGGGUGGCUGCCAAGGCUGUCGACAGCAUAUACAAAAAACCGAGUUCCGUCUUCGUCAGGGCGACCGCCAAGGAGAUAAUGUUCGACGGUUUGCCGGUCGAUUGUUCGGUGAAAGAUUUCGCCGGAUCGGCUGUCUGCGCGCUGCUCAAAGCCCAGGGUAAAGAUCUGGUCCCCCUGGGGGACGACAAGUACAAGUUCUCCAUCUUCGGACACAAAAACGGGACGAUCAGCGCCGAAAAAAUGCGGGUCUACAGGGGGUACAAGAAUCCCAAGGACGUCGGACGGGUUUUGGAAUGGAAGAACGAGUCCGCCUUAACGAUAUGGGCUGGCGACGAGUGCAACGCUUUCAACGGUACCGACUCAACGAUAUUCCACCCGUUCCUCUACCAGGACGAGGACGUCGUAUCCUUCUCGAGCGAUAUUUGCAGGAGCUUGAGCGCCAGGUUCCAGCAUCCUACCGAAGUGCAAGGAAUCCGCACGAACCGCUACUCCGCCGAUUUCGGUGACCAGAGUUCCGUUCCGGAAGAGAAAUGUUUCUGCCCGACGCCUGAGACAUGCCUGAAAAAAGGCGCGAUGGAUCUUUACAAAUGCGUGGGAACCCCGGUGGUCGCCACUCUGCCCCAUUUUUACCUGGCGGAUCCUUCGUACCUGGAAACCGUUUCCGGUUUACAUCCGGUCAAGGAGGACCACGAAAUUUCCAUAGAUUUCGAACCGAUGACCGGGACCCCCCUGAUCGCUAGGAAACGUCUUCAGUUCAACAUGUUCAUUAUGCCGAUCGAGAAGUUCAAGUUGAUGAAGAACUUUCCGAACGCUCUUCUGCCCCUAUUUUGGGUCGAGGAGGGAGUGGAGCUGGGCGACGACAUAAUAAAGAAGUUGAAAGGCGCGUUCAAAUUGAUCACCAUCGUGACGUGCGUCAAAUGGACGAUGGUUUUUCUGGGCCUCGGUUUGGGAAGCGCGGCUGGAUUUUUGGAGUACAAACGUCGUCAGCUCACGGACAAGUUGGAGGUGACGCCGAUACCGGCCGGUGGAACGAUUCGGACGACGAUCAGCGCGGGUAAAAAUGGCGACGAAAAAAAAUGGCCGCCGAAUAUAUCCACCCUGCAGGCGGCCGCGGUACCCGCGACCCUUGACGGAAGUUUUUAAACAUUAAACUAAGAUAUGCAUGUAUUAUAAGUAACAAUAAACUUGGAGAAAAGAAUGGAAUAAUACGGAAAAAUUUGAGUUUUUAAAGAAAAAUCGAAAUUCUCGGUAACGCUCGCCUUAUUACAUUUUACGUAUGUGUAUACAUAUAAUCAAUGUAUAUACAACGAAUGAACAUGUAUACGUGCAAUGCAUAUGAAAUAUCAUGUUACAUAAAUCGUCCCACGCGAGCUCUGGUUAAAAAUUAUUUAUUUUUUAUUUCUUACUUUUUUUUUUGUUUUUCUUUGUAAAUAAUUAACAGGAUAUAAAAUAUAUUUAGAUGAGUUUAAUGAAAUGUAUAAUUACACGUCGUGAUAUAUAAAGUUAUAUAUAUUAUAUGUUACAUAUAAAUAUUUUUAUUUCUUUAUUCAUAUAAUUAUAUAUAUAUAUAUAUAUAUAUAAAAAUUAAUGUUAUGAGUUUGUUUGUUUAUUUUUUCUCUAUUUUCUUUUGCUAAUAUUUAUCGUUACUACGAAUAUAUUUUAGUAUAUACAUACAAUGUAGUACAGUGUAACGAUAAUUUCUCUCGAUAUUUUAAUGGAAAAAUUGGUUUUCUAAUCGUCUCUCGCCAUACCGCAGUUCACGCAUAUAUAUACUAUAAUACAUACCUAUGUACCUAAUACACGAACAGUUGCAACAA